GCGCGAAAUUGAAUUUUGUUUUGGAGUCGCAGACAGUAUGGGAAUACUCGUACUGUACGAACCUAAAGGAACAUGUUAGCUCAACAGUACUAGUCUUUUAAACCCCUACCUUGUUUUUCUGACUCAUUGGUUUUGCAGCAGGCUGUAGUGCAGGCCCUGGCAGGAGGGCUGGCUGUGGGUGUAGGAUGAGCAGCUCAGGACAGAGCAGCGAAACACACAGCCCAACUGACCUCUUUGACGAUGUAUGGAGGCAGCUCAGAGAGAACCAUCACAAUGCACUGAAAGAACUGGAGGAAAAAGUCAGCAAGUUGAAAAAGGAGCGCUAUUUAGAUGCUCAGAGUCUUGAGGUGUUUCACCUUCGCACCCAGCAGCUAAAGGAGCAAAACAAAACCCUGCAAGAUGCCGUCAGUCGCCUGGAGGAAAGGCUCUGUACAGGAGAGUGUGAUCGAUGUGCCAUCUUAGAGGAGAAACUAAAAAAUAACCAGGAUCAGAAUUUGCGUGUCAUCGCCAAACUGAAGAAUGAAAGAGAGAGCCUCGAGGAUGAAAACAGAAAACUACAUGCUGAACUGCAAAAUAUAAAGAUAUCUCGAUUAGUUUCCCAGCAGGAUUCAUCCCCAGACCAAGAAGAAGGCAUCAUCCCAGACUCACCAAUCCUGCCAAGCUCGCUGCCUGUGGCAAACAAACUGAAGAAACGAAAAGAUAUCAACAAAAUGAGGCACGUUCGUUAUGCAGAGAUGCCUCUACCGAAGUCUAACAAUUCCCUCUUCAGUGUACUGGAUAAGGAGCCUGUUGACGCUACAAAGAAUCCUGGAAGAGCACAAGUGCUUGUACCCAACACAUGUGAAUUGGACGCAUCCCAAAUCUCAAAAGAUGUAAAUCUAUAUCUGGAAGAAGCGAUAGCAGAAACCUGUGGCCUUGAACUUAUUGACAAGCCCCACAUGAAAACUGAGGCACCUGCAGUCCAGCAGAGCAGCUCAAAACCUCCCUGGAAGCAUGGCUUUCGUUUAAUUCCAGACUCGACCACAGAAAAGUCGCCAUCACUUCUCCAAAGUGUCAAAAGGUUUUCAGAGGAUGGCUCCAAUAACAAAGCAAAACGGAAGAAGGAGGAAAGUAAGCCAGAGGUGCAAGAGGAGGACAAACAAGUAACCCAGGAAAGGGUGGACAAACAGAAGGAAGGCAAACACAAACAACCCGAACUGAUCAAACGAAGCUCCACACCUUUAAGCAAUCAAAGCAUGAAGAGAUGUCUGUUGGACAGCAAGGAUCAGUCAGAACAAAAUGGGUCUCCCAACCAAAUGCAAAUUGUAUCCUGUAAAAGUCCUACUUUCAAGACGCCAAGUGUUAAAGGAAAAGCAAAUAAGGACAUUGUUGGGAAGAAAGGAAACCGUCUGCAGGACCAGAAUGCCUCACAUGACCAACAUAAAGUAAAGGAUGCUGAGAGGAGGAUCAAAGUGGAGCCCAUGUGGAGCAUUGACCCUGCACUCGCCCUGUCCAUGUACGACAGUGAGUGGAGAGGAGACAAGCCAAAGGAAGAAGAGGAAGAGGAAGAGUGUCAUGGAGAAUUAAUGGACUCUGACCGAACUUGGGUCAGUCACAGCCUUCUCCAGUGUCGGGGAGAAAAAGCCCAGGACAGAAGGGACAGUGUGUCUGGACUAGGAGAGAAGGCAAACAACAGUUUGGAUAUGAUGUUUGACACAACAGCUUACGGGGAGUACAAUUCACACUUAGGCCAGAGCCAGCCAUGUGGUGGUGAUGCUGUUGAUGAUGAAGAAGGAGAAGAGGACGAUGAUCAACAAGAUCCUCAUGAAAACACUAUGAGUGAAAGUUAUGGGCACAAAGCACGAGGUCCAACAUUUGCACACAUGGUUGUUGUUCGCAAGAAAGACGAGAGAAGAAAACUGAAGGGCACUACCUGCAAGGAAUGUGAAAUUUAUUACGCCCAUCUCCCAGAAGAGGCAAAGCAGAAAAAGUUAUCUGCUUGCUCGAGGCACCGAUUUCUAUAUAUUCCUCCUUCUACUCCUGAAAACUUCUGGGAAGUUGGAUUUCCAUCAACUCAAACAUGCAUCGAAAGAGGUUAUAUCAACGAAGAGAAGAGUCCUCAGGCACGUACUCGGAGAAGACAACCAUUCAAUGCUCUAUUCUCCCAAAAGCAAAACCAGCAGGAGAGCUAACAAAAGUAUGUUUUUCUCUAUAGAAGAACUGUUUGAAUUGGCCCAUUUACAGAGAACAGAGUUCCAGUUUAUAAAGAGCAGGCUUGUCACUGUGUUAAAAUUGCACUAGGUGAACAAUGAAUCUCUGUUUUAAACAGUGACCUUAUUUAGAAGGUUGACCCCAAUAGUCAUCUUUUUUCAGUUUUAAGUCUUUAAUGUCGAUGUUCUUUGUGUAUAUAUAGAUUGUUUGUGUUCAGAUAAGAUUUUCUAGAUGGUGAGUGUGCUUGGAUAAAUAAAAAUGAA